GUUGUUUCAUUUUAUCAUCGUCACUAGCCAUUCAAUAACGACACUACUGGAGAACAACAUUGCUGGGACUGGGUAGACCCUAACUAAUGGGUGCGCUCUCCACUCAAACACAAGGGCUCAAAGCAACAAAAACCACUGCAAUUUUGAACCCAUAUCUGUCUUCAUCUAAAGAAGCUGCUUCAUCCUCUUCGCAUUUAGGUUUCUCGAAGAACCCCAGUUCAGAUUCAUCCGGUUUCUCUUCAAAAAACAACCCUUUUCUCAGGGGUCAGUUUCAUAGGAGAUUAUUCGUUGGGUUUAACUCAAUCCGAGCUAGCUCUCCAAGAAAUAGGGCAGGGCUUGUGGUUUCUCCAAGUUGUGUCCUUCCAUUAACUGAAGAGAAUGUAGAGAAGGUUUUGGAUGAGGUGCGGCCUAGCUUGAUGGCUGAUGGAGGGAAUGUGGCCUUGCACGAGAUAGAUGGCCUUGUUGUUGUGUUGAAGUUGCAAGGUGCAUGUGGCUCAUGUCCUAGCUCAACAAUGACCCUAAAGACGGGAAUUGAAACUCGACUUAGAGAUAAAAUUCCAGAAAUUAUGGCGGUGGAGCAGAUCCUUGACACAGAGACAGGACUUGAGCUAAAUGAAGAGAAUGUUGAAAAGGUUCUUGCUGAGAUUAGACCUUACCUUGUGGGCACAGGAGGUGGAGAACUUGAGCUUAUGGAGAUCAAAGAAUAUGUUGUUAAAGUUCGGCUUAGUGGCCCUGCAGCUGGAGUUAUGACUGUCCGUGUUGCUUUGACCCAAAAGUUGAGGGAAAAAAUACCUGCCAUUGCUGCUGUCCAACUAAUUGAUUGAUAGAAAGGGAAACAAUGGGGAACUCAUUGCUCUUGAGGAGAGAAUCAGAGUUCAUAGCUCUCAGUGCAAGAGACUGAUCAAACAUUCAAGUGUUCGCUCAGGAACAGUGUUUUCCUGAAUGGAUUCAGUUCAUCCUUCCUACAUACUUUUAAGCCUUGAGGAUAUAGGAAAGAAAUUGAGUAGGCAAGGCAUGUUAAAAAGAGUUGGCAUUAGAUUCUGGUGUCUGAAGGGUAUCGUUGGUGGUCAUACUAAAGCUCAACAUGUAUUUCACAACAUUUUGCACUUGUAGUUACACAUUCAGCUCAGUUUCUCAGGUCAUGUUUCCAAUUGAUACUGAAGGACAAAUUUGUGUGCUGCUUUUAACUACAGUGGAAAUGAAAAUCUUGAAAUGCAGGUUUUGAUUCUCUUUCUGAUAUUUACAUUGAUGAUGAUUCUUGUAAUGCUCUUUGGAGCAGUAACAUGAGUUCAAGGAUCAUUGAAUAGAAAUUUCAAAUUAAUUCUGCAAUACAAUAAGUUCUUCUUGUUUGAUUGUUGUCUGGUUUCAUGUGUCAAUAACAUAAACACGACUGG